AUGCGCAUUUCCCUCAUCUCUGUCGUCGCCGCCAUCAUCGCCGGCGUUGCCGCGUCGUCCGGAGACCGCGCCAAACCUUUCAAGGAAUGCGUCGAGCGCUGCACCACCACAUGUUCGGAACCCCUACCACUGGACUUACGGCUGACGGGAUGGACGUGUCUCGAUGACUGCAAGUACACCUGCAUGCACCAGAUCACGGCCAAUGUCAUGGGGAGGGGGGAGAGGCCGAGACAGUACUUUGGGAAAUGGCCAUUUUGGAGGUUUCUUGGCAUGCAAGAGCCGGCUUCGGUGCUCUUCUCGUUGCUGAACCUCUGGGCGCACGUUCGAGGGUCGCGCGCGCUACAACGACGCGUCCCGAGGGGGCAUCCGAUGAAACCUUACUACACUGCAUGGUCCUGGAUAAGCGCGAACACCUGGAUAUGGUCAGCAGCCUUCCACACGCGAGACUUCCCCCUCACCGAAAAGCUGGACUACUUCUCAGCUGCGCUCACAAUCCUGUCCGCGUUGCAAUACACCGUUAUCCGUUUGUUUCAUCUCUAUCCCCAGCACCCGCCAGAUCCCAAGCGCGCCACCAUCCGCAACGUCUGGACCGCAGCAUGCGCCCUCGUCUACAUCGCGCAUGUCACCUACCUCUCCAUUCUUCCCCGCUUCGACUACGCGUACAAUAUCAUAUUCAACACCAUCAUCGGUAUGACGCACAACCUUCUCUGGCUACUCUUCGCCCUCCCCGCGCGAUGGUCGCUCUUUAGACGGUAUCCUCAUCGGCCUAAAGCAUACCGCCCCGCCUUCGUUAGCAAGGUCGCGCUAUUUGUCGCGCUGACUACGGCGGCGACGGCCCUUGAGCUUCUCGACUUUCCGCCGUGGGGUCUUAUCAUCGAUGCGCAUUCGUUAUGGCAUCUUGCGACGGCGCCCAUAGCGAUCGUGUGGUACAGGUUCCUUAUUGAGGACGCGUCGGAUGAGAGCUGGAGGGAGGUGAGGAUGCGAAGUAGUUCCAUGAAGACGUAG